AUUGCGGACUGUGUAAAAGUCACAUGAUAACAAAAUGGCAGACGGACAUUAAGUUUGACAGGAGGUGGUAAACAGAACGACACCUUUGUUUAAGAUCAGUUUUUGACUUUUGUGUUAAACUUAAAAUAAUAAAAAUGGAUUUCGUUGCACAUUGGAAAAAUUGGAUUCGUCCACUGGCAAUUUUUAUCUACUUUAUAUUAAUGAUGAUUGCAAUUCCAGUUUGUAUUGUAGAAGUAACAAACCAUCAAAAAGACAAGCAUGUGAAGGCAUGGUUUGCUGGAGGCGUAUUUACACUUAUGGCUGUUCCAAUCUCUUUAUGGGAAAUAAUUCUGCAUGUUAUUAACUAUACACAACCACAUCUGCAGAAGUAUAUUAUAAGAAUCAUUUGGAUGGUGCCUAUCUAUGCAGUAAAUGCUUGGUUUGCCCUGAGAUUUAAAGACUCUGCUAUUUAUCUGGACACAAUUCGGGAAUGCUAUGAAGCCUAUGUCAUCUAUAACUUUAUGGCAUAUUUACUGAGUUAUCUUUGGACACAACACCCGCAACUUGAAAUUGCUUUAAGUAGGAAAAGGCAACAGAAACACUUGAUUCCAUUCUGCUGUCUUCCAGUGUGGCCUAUGGGAAGUUCCAUGAUUCAAAAUUGUAAACAUGGUGUUCUUCAGUACACAAUUGUAAGACCUGUCACUACAGUGAUAGCAUUGAUUUGUCAGCUGAAUGACAAAUAUGAUGAAGGUGAUUUUAAUUUCAAGAGCGGCUGGUCAUAUCUUGUGAUUAUCAACAAUAUCUCUCAAAUUUGGGCUAUGUACUGUCUGGUGUUAUUUUAUCAAGCUACAAAAGAUAUGCUGGCACCCAUUAAGCCUAUACCAAAGUUUCUGUGUGUAAAGUUUGUGGUUUUCUUCUCAUUUUGGCAAGCUGUGGUAAUUGCAGCCUUUGCCAAGUUUGACUUGAUACCAUCGACAGAGUUUUAUGAUCGUAAUGUUAAAGAUGUUGCUACAGCUCUUCAGGAUUUCUGUAUUUGUAUUGAGAUGUUUCUCGCUGCUGUCAUGCAUUAUUUUGCCUUCUCUCAUAAACCUUUCAUUGACCCAAAUGCAGGCCAAGGUAACUGUUGUCGAUCAUUUGCAUCAAUGUGGGAUGUGUCAGAUGUAAAAGAUGAUGUUGUAGAACAUGUCAAGGUCAUCUCCACGACAAUGAAGAAAACAGUGAGUGGUCAGUUACGAUCUAGAGCAGACGACACUGAAGGUACUCCUUUACUACAGGUGGCUUCUGAAGAUCAUCAUGUUGUUGGUUACACAUCAUCUAUACAGACAACCCAAGCAGAAAUCAACCAGUCAGGUUACCAGUAUCAGCCGGAUGCUUUAAGCAGAACUUCAGAGUGGGAUGACACGAUAUCAGUCGACAGGUGGCAGUCACCGAAUAAAAAACAAGGCACUAAGUCUAUAGCAUCAAGUAUGCAGAACUACCUUGAUCUUUCUACUAGUGUAGAUAACCAGUCUAUGCAGUCACAAGUUAAUGAGCAUCCAGAGGACCAAGAAUCAUUGAGAGUCAAGCACUUGAGUGACUCUGAACAAACAGAAGGAAGAAAGCUGUCUGAUUCUGUAUUUGUAGAAAGUGAUACUCUUGUAAAUGAUUCAAAUGUGGAACCAAACUCGGAGUUAGAAAGCAAUACAGUUAAAGAUGGAGUUCAGAAAGACACAGAAGAGUCUCUUAUAGACUUUAGUGAUGACAAGAGUCAAAGUGAUGAAGGCAAAAGAUAGCAUAUAAGCAAUCAGUGAACAUUGCAAGCAAAACAUAUCUGUGAUUCAUUAUUUUCCACCCGUGUAUUGGUUUCUUCAAUCUUGGUACAAUUAUUUUCAUUCCAGUUGUUGAUACUGUCACAAGUCUGUCACAAAUAUAGUAAAAUGGCAUUAUAUAAAAUUAAUUGACAUCAAAGUGUUAAAAUCCUUGUCUAUGUCCAUACAUAUGAAAUUAUUUUUAUAAGUUUUAUUCCAAAUUUU